AUGACCAAUGAUACUCUAACUUUAUUUUUGUCAGAUUUUAACUUUCCAGCAUUAGACUACAGAGAAAUUUCCAAGAGACACAAUCUAAUCGAUUUUCAAUCAGCUGCUAAAUGCUCUGGGGAGCGUUCCUAUUACCUCAAAAGGGAAGCUGCUCUACUGGAGAUAUCACUAGUUCAGUAUGCCAUGAAUAAAGCUGUGGAGAAAGGAUUUAUUCCUGUCAUUACACCAGAUAUCAUCAAUACUGAUAUAGCAGAUAGGUGUGGCUUUCAGCCUCGAAGUCAUAGCACGCAAAUGUACUCGCUCGCUAAUGAGGACAAGUGCUUAUCUGCGACUGCUGAAAUCCCCUUAGCUGGAAUGUAUCUUGAUGAGAAAAUUUUUUUACAUGACCUACCAAUAAAGCUGGUUGCUUUUGGUAGAUGUUUUAGAGUCGAAACUGGUAAUAGAGGUAAAGGUAGGAUAACAGGACUUUAUAGAGUACACCAGUUUUCAAAGGUUGAGCUGUUUGGUCUGACAGCAAAUGAAGAUGGAACUGAGAGUGAAGCAUUGCUAAAUGAAAUUGUAUCACUUCAGAAGGAGAUACAUACAGAACUGGGCCUUCAUUGCAGGGUCCUUGAUAUGCCUACGACACAAUUGGGAGCAACAGCUUAUAGGAAGUAUGACAUUGAAGCCUGGAUGCCUGGUCUGAAGAGAUAUGGAGAAGUUACAAGUGCAUCCAACUGCACUGAUUAUCAAAGUCAAAGAUUAAAUAUCAUUUAUGGGAAGGCUGCAUUUGGACAUAAGAAAAAGAAGCUGAUAGACCCUAAAUAUGUACAUACAGUUAAUGGAACAGCUUGUGCCAUACCUCGCACAAUCAUAGCGCUACUAGAAACUCAUCAAAAGGAGGACGGCUCAUUUGCAUUACCUGAUGUACUAUCUACAAGUUUUAGAUCAAUAAACACAGCAUGAUAAUAAUAAUAACAAUAAUAAUAAUAAUAAUGAUAAUAAUAAUUUCAUUUCUACACAAAAAUGAUGUUUGUUAUAUAAGUCUA